AUGGGCAUCCACGCUGCUUUCUUCUUAGUACUAAAUAACAGUCCCGUUCAUACAACAAUUGGUCAAGGUCUCUCAACCGCCUUGGCCAACAUACUAGCAAUCUUCGUUGAAAUCUCUCUCCUCGGCGGCCUUGGAGUGGCUUAUAACCAGAUUCUGGGCAGCUUUCUUGGACAGAAACCCGCGAGUGGUCUGGAGGCUAAGCUAGAUACCCUUGCUUCCAGCCCAUGGAAUCUGUUUCGUCCCAGGAUUCUCGUACAAGUCCUCCGUAUCAAGAGGCUCUGGCUUGUUGGACUUCUUUGCGCUGGGAUCCCCUUUGCCGCUGUGUUUCCUCCCGGUGCUCUGACCGUCAAGUUUGAAAAUUCUGUGCCUAUAACUAUGAAUAGCGUUGCAACAAUGAACAUCAGCGAUUAUGGAAACGGUACCUACCAGGACUUUGUGGAAAAGUCACUUUUUGAGAUGAAUGGGGAUCUUAUGUACCACAGGAACCAGCUUCGACCGAGUCUUAAUGCUUUGGCAGCCCAGGUUCUAUCAUCUGGAGGUCCUGUCAAACUUGACUCUCCCUGCGGUGCCUCAUGUGUCUAUGACAUCUCUAUCGAGGGCCCUCGGUUUAACUGCAAGGAGCGUGGUCGUCGCGAUGCUCUCAUGACCGAGUGCUCUAUCAUCUACAGAGCCGAGGAUGAGAUAGACAGCAGCACUGACGAACUAUAUAGUCGCACAAACAACUCUUUCAAGAUGAGCUGGUACACGAGUCCCAGACCAAGAUGCAACACGGAGAACCUCAAGACACUCGACUGCUCUAUGACGUUAGCGACGUACAAUCUUCACAUCAAUAACUCGCUGGACUCUUCUCAAUCUAUCACUGUGGAUAUUGAAAACGAGAGGGAAAUAUGGUCUGAUAAAGCUUGGAUUCAGACACAGUUCUUUUAUUACUUCUUUUAUGGUGGCGUCAUUGAGCCGCAUAUCGCCAACAACACUAUAGAAACCAACUUCACGAAUGCGCAGACAUUUGCUAUUAGUCGUGCUGUUGUUCAUGCUUUGCAAGGCGAGGUUGAAAUGCACGGCCCCGGGCAGGGUGUGAUCUUCUUCCAAGGCAAUGCAUCACAAGUACUGGGCAGCCCUUACAUUGGACUGGUUGAUAGAUACAAUGCUCGCUUCAAUAUCUCGGCAGCAAGUAUUGAGAAAUACCUGCAAGAUGUGGUGAUUUCGACAAUUUCGCUCAAGAUGUCAACUCAUGACGGAGAUGUCAGUGCAUUCAUCGGUGCAGAAGUUUACCAGUUCAGCGAGAAGAUUCAGUUCAUUGCUGGUUAUGGGGCUUGCCUUUUAGUUGCAGUGGGUAUUUUUGUCUUCAGUUACUUGUCUGCGAAUUGA